AGAAAAAACAAAUUAAUCCCGGCUCCGCGGCCGCCUGGAAACAGCAUGAAUGAAACGCACCGAAGCCUCGCUUAGCCACGGUCACGUGAUGUAGGUGUUUUGAACCAGGUUUCGGAGCAGUGUUUCGAAACACCUGCGCUUCGGAAGCUCGACACAGUGUCGGAACUUCAGUGUCAAACUUACCAUCCCUACAUAGACGCCGCAUUGAGCGCUGACUCGUACGUCAACGUCGCCGCCAUAUUGGAGGGGGCAAAAGCAGCCAACGUAACACGAGAGAGACGCUGCACUCUGGUGCUGAAUGGAGCUGUUCGAACCGUUUUACAGUCAAAACGGGAUCACAUGAUAUUGCCUUACACAGGUAAGACUGAGGAAUUGUUUUUGAUCGUAUUUGGCCAUUCUAACAUUUUGAAAACAAAAUUAUUAUUUUUUGUGCCUAACAGUUUCCCAGUGUAUAUUAGUGCAUAUUUGAAUGUGUGAAAGACGCUUUAUGAAGUUCAGUCCAUUCACUUGUAUUAGUUCACAGCGCAGCUUUGAUUCCUCCAAUAUGGCGGACACACAGUUACGUAACGUCAGCGGGCCAAUCCAGUCAACGAGGCGUCUAUGUUUAUAACUCUGCCAGCUGGUGCCACCUACACCCACGUGAUCCACUCCGCCAAUACAUGUCACCAUGACAACCAACGUAAACACAAGAUAUGUCUGGCUUCUACAAAGGCCUUUGAUGUUUUGAGCCUUUGAUGAGUCAUCAGCAGAACCUUCAAGUAGGAGCCUAAAGACAUAAAGAGAUUCACAGAGUUUAGAACAAGCAAGUAUCUGCACCAGAACCCCAAACACGCAUUGUAUUACGGUUUUAAAAUCAUUUUACAUCAAAAAUGGAUGGCAGAGGAGACGAACCAAGUUUUGCAGCCAGAUUCUUGGAAAGGGUGGCCUUCUUUGAAAAUCGGCUAAAUUUCCUACGUAGGCUGGGCCCUGCUGGGGAUGGCAUCUUUCACCACAAUGUUGGUGCCAUGCCCAUUGAGGUCGACAACCAGCAAAAUAAUGACAAUUUUGUUGUUGCCGACAAUGCUGAUGAGGUCUUUAAUGAUCCUGUUGACCUGAAUGGAGAAAAUGAUAUUUUUGCUGUUGGUGCCAACAUUGAUGAUGAGGUCUUUAAUGAUCCUGUUGACCUGAAUCAAGAAAAUGAUGAUAUUUUUGCUGUUGGUGCCAACAUUGAUGAUGAGGUCUUUUAUGAUCCUGUUGACCUGAAUGAAGAAAAUGAUGAUAUUUUUGCUGUUGGUGCCGACAUUGAUGAUGAGGUCUUUUAUGAUCCUGUUGACCUGAAUGAAGAAAAUGAAGAUAUUUUUGCUGUUGGUGCCGACAUUGAUGAUGAGGUCUUUUAUGAUCCUGUUGACCUGAAUGAAGAAAAUGCUGAUAUUUUUGCUGUUGGUGCCGACAUUGAUGAUGAGGUCAUUAUUGACCCUGUUGACCUGAAUGGAGAAAAUAAUGAUAACAUUGCUGUUGCUGGUGGAAUCAACAAUGAUAAUGCUUAUGAGGGAGCUGAAGAAGCUGCAGAUGUCCACCAGGACAUCCCAGAAGAGGAUCCUUUGCCUGGUGUCUCCAGCGGAUCCACCAAAAGAUCCAGAGAGGAGGAUGUGAAGGAUGAAGCACACAUGAGCAAAAGAAUCAGGUUUGCAAACCCUGAUCCAGGGACUGAGUCUGAUAUUGCUCAUGAGGCAGCUGAAGAAGCUGCAGAUGUCCACCAGAACAUCCCAGAAGAGGAUCCUUUGCCUGGUGUCUCCAGCGGAUCCACCAAAAGAUCCAGAGAGGAGGAUGUGAAGGAUGAAGCACACAUGAGCAAAAGAAUCAGGUUUGCAAACCCUGAUCCAGGGACUGAGUCUGAUAUUGCUCAUGAGGCAGCUGAAGAAGCUGCAGAUGUCCACCAGAACAUCCCAGAAGAGGAUCCUUUGCCUGGUGUCUCCAGCGGAUCCACCAAAAGAUCCAGAGAGGAGGAUGUGAAGGAUGAAGCACACAUGAGCAAAAGAAUCAGGUUUGCAAACCCUGAUCCAGGGACUGAGUCUGAUAUUGCUCAUGAGGCAGCUGAAGAAGCUGCAGAUGUCCACCAGAACAUCCCAGAAGAGGAUCCUUUGCCUGGUGUAUCCAGGAAGAGGUUGAUAGAUCCAGAUUAUGAAGGACCUCAAGAAAAAAAAAGAUUCAGACAGUGUGAGUUUGGUGAUGCUGAUGAUCCCGAGGACAUCAACCAGCAGGUCACGGACGAAAUGUUGCCUAGUGGAUCCACCAAAAGAUCCAGAGAGGACAAUGUGGAGAAUGAAGCACACACAAGCAACAGAAUCGGGCUUGCAAACCCUGAUCCAGGGACUGGCCCAAACGUCUGGAAUGACACUGAAAGAAGCAGUGGUGAACCUUCAGAGGGUGCACCUCCAGAACUUGACAACCAUCAAGCUGGAGGAUCCAGGAUCCAGGAAGAAGAGGAAGAAGAAGAAGAAGAAGAAUAUUUGAGUCCUUGCAAAUUUCGCAAGUCUUCAAAUGAGCAGCAAUGAAGGCUAUCAAUAGACAGCUGUCGUGUGUGUGUGUGUGUGUGUGUGUGUGUGUAUAUUUUAGUAGACCAGACAUAGCAGAGGAGGAGGAAGUGAGAGAAAGGCUCCAGCGCCAGAAGAGAAAGUGACCAACAUGAACCCCAACCAGUCGCAGCAGAUGACUGCCCCUCCCUGAGCCUGGUUCUGCUGGAGGUUUCUUCCUGUUUAAAGGGAGUUGUUCCUCCCCACUGUCUCCAAGUGGUUGCUCAUAGGGGGUCGUUUCAAUUGUUGGAUUUGCUCUGUAAUUUCUCUGUAAUAUAAAGAACAAUAAAGCUGGUCAAACCAAAUUCUGA